AUGUCCUCCAUCCUCCGCCAAAUCGUCGCAGGCCCACGCCUUCGACAUCCAGAAGCAGGCCUGGAUCUAUGCUACGUGACCGAUAAUAUCAUCGCAACCUCCGGUCCAUCUGCAACAUACCCGCAACGAGCAUACCGCAACCCCCUAGACGAGUUGGUCAAAUUCCUCGACGCGAAACAUGGCAAGAAUUGGUGUAUUUGGGAGUUUCGUGCCGAGGGCACCGGGUAUCCUGAUUCGGAGGUUUACAAUCGCAUUCAUCAUUUUCCGUGGCCGGAUCACCAUCCCCCGCCUUUUGCGCUGAUUCCGAAUAUUAUGGGGAGUAUGCGGAACUGGUUGCAUCGGCUAGAUGUCGAGGAUGGGGAUGGAGAUAAAAGUGCGAGCGAGACAGAGGCACCGAAGAGAGUCGCCGUUGUGCAUUGCAAGGCUGGCAAAGGCCGCAGUGGGACUAUCGCGACAUCGUAUCUUAUCAGCCAGGAAGGAUGGAAGAAGGAGGAUGCCCUACAACGGUUUACUGACCGGCGAAUGCGAGUUGGGUUCGGAAACGGGGUAAGCAUCCCCAGUCAAAUGCGCUAUAUUGGGUAUGUCGACCGGUGGGCGAAUCAAUUGGGGAAGCAAUACGUGGAACGCCCAGUGGAGAUUCUCGAGAUCCACAUCUGGGGUCUACGAGAUGGAGUCAAGGUCGCGGUGGAAGGAUACGUGGACGAGGGCAAGAAGAUCAAGUGCUUCCACAUGUUCCACCGCAAAGAGCGCACUGUCGUCGAAGCCGGCGACAGCAGUACCACGCCCACAUCCACAUCUACACCUACACCGUUGAACGAUAAACCCACCACCAAACCAGACUCCCCAGCCCUACCAAUCAACACAUCCGCAACCCUCACCUCCCAAUCCGACCUAUCAAGCUCCGCCUCCGAACUCUCCAGCCGCACAACAACCCCGUCCAACCUCUCAGCGGUAAUAUUCCGCCCCAACAAGCCCAUCAUCCUCCCAAACUCAGACGUGAACAUCGACUUCGAACGACGCAGCAAAGCCUCCUACACGGGUUUUGCAAUGGUCACCUCCGUCGCGCAUGUAUGGUUCAAUGCAUUCUUCGAAGGUGGUGCCGAGCACGACUCGGGCGUUUUCGAGACGGAAUGGGAUGCUAUGGAUGGAAUCAAGGGUAGUGCGAGGAAGGGGAUUCGCGCGUUUGAGAAAUUGAAGGUUGUUUGGCGGUAUUCUGCUGAGCAGAAGACUGCAGUCCACGGACGACCUAUUAGUGAGCCGAAGCCUGGUGAGCCGGUUCACGAGAGCGGUCCUGCGGAUUGGCGGGGGAAGAAGAAUGGCGAUGAUGGUGAGAGUGAGAGUGUCGAGAAACAGGAGAAACAGGAGAAUAUCCCCCCGUCUACAAGCCAGGAUGUAUCGAAGGCAGAUUCGGAUUCGGAUUCCCGAACUGCUUCGAAGACGAAGACGACGGGGUCGACAUUGUUGGCUGUUGGUGCGGGCUCGCUGCAUGAAUUAGAGCGGCAACUUGGGUUGCGCAAGCAGACUGAUGAAAGUAAGGAUGUUAGUUUGGCGGGGAGCGAUGAUGAAGCUCGUGUGGUGGGGACGGAUGAAGAAGGGCGGGCGAGGAAGGGAAAGGAUAAGGAAAAUGGGGAUUUGGAGGGGGUGCAGUCUUAUUUUAGCAAUGGGGGUGGCCAGGGAGAGCAGGUUGAGGAGAAGGUGUCUAAAGGGUCUUGA